GCCCCUCUAGAGUGGGUUGGUGAACUGACAGGGUUUACUCCAGUACACUCUGCUGCGUCCUUAGGGGAGUUGACAGAGACCGAAGGGGAGACUAUAAGAGGAGGAACGUUGACGCGUACAACGGAUGUAUCAGCACAGCGUUGAGUGAGGUUCACACAUACAAACCAGCAAGAUGAAGAUAGUGAUGUUGGCUGUGGCUCUGGCCCUGCUGUUGGCUAGUGGUGAAGCACUGGACUGUCUGCGCUGUGUGCCAACGAAGGCAGGAAGAGACUGUGAGGUGACAGUAGAAACCUGUCCCCCAGAGAAGGACGGAUGUGCAGCCGCCAAGUUCCUCAGAGCACCAUUUGGCCAUUUCCAGAGAUGCAUGGACAUGUCGGGCUGUAAGCAGUUCCAAACCAACGCUUACAUCAACAUGAAGUGCUGUGGCACUGACAAGUGCAACACAUUCUAGAAUCUAUAUACUGGUUAACGUUCUAGAAUCUAUAUACUGGUUAACGUUCUAGAAUCUAUAUACUGGUUAACGUUCUAGAAUCUAUAUACUGGUUAACGUUCUAGAAUCUAUAUACUGGUUCACAUUCUAGAAUCUAUAUACUGGUUAACAUUCUAGAAUCUAUAUACUGGUUAACGUUCUAGAAUCUAUAUACUGGUUCACAUUCUAGAAUGUAUAUACUGGUUCACAUUCUAGAAUCUAUAUACUGGUUCACAUUCUAGAAUCUAUAUAGUGGUUCACAUUCUAGACCAGGGGUAUUAAAAUCCUUCCAUGGAGGUCUGGAGUACUGCUGGUUUUCUGUUCUACCUGAUAAUUCAUUGUUCCCACCUGGCGUCUAAAUCAGUCACUGAUUAGAAAUUAAAUAAAUAAAAACGGAGGAACUGGCUUUGA